AUGGGAACGAGUGACUGGCAAUCUCUUCCUUACGAUCGUGUGGCAUCAGUGGCGAUGAAAACGUACAAGGAGAUAUUCUCGAAUCACGACGAAGAGAGGGAGAAAACGAAGAUAGCUGCGGGAGCUUUGUUACCUCAUUGGAUAAUCCGUGAUUUAGAAGGUAGAGAUGGUGGACAGGUAGCUAAGCUACAAUGGAAACGAAUGGUGGAUGAUUUAAAGAAGAAAUGGUCUUUAACAAACUGCAUUGCUAUCUCUGACGUAUCAGGAUCUAUGGCAGGUGAACCAUUAGAGGUUUAUGUUGCUUUGGGUUUGCUUUUGUCUGAGUUAUCUCAAGAGCCAUGGAAAAGGAAGAUGAUAACUUUCAGUAACAAUCCAGAGCUGCAUUUUUUCAAAGGAAAAGAUUUGAGGUCGAAAACAAGUUUUGUAAAGAGGAUCGCUUGGGGAAAAAAUACUGAUUUUCAGAAAGUGUUUGAUUUUAUAUUAAAGGUUGUAGUUGAUGGAAGACUGAAACAAGAGGAUAUGAUUAAGAGGGGUUUUGUGUUUAGUGAUAUGGAGUUUGAUCAAACUUCUUGUUCUCUCAAGGAAUGGUUGGGAAACGGAUUAUGA